GAGGGGACGCAUCCAGAGGGACCGCAGGAACAUUAGGCCCAACAUCAUCCUCAUCAUGACCGAUGAUCAGGACACGGAGCUGGGUAAGACUGUCAUGCUGACCCCCUGGAGGUCUGGUGGUGGUCCUGUUAGCUGUAUUUUGUAAGAGCUGCCUUAGCUGUAUGAAUCUGGGUUGUAUUCAUUAGUGCUCACUGUAGCAAAACGUUUUGUAACAGAAAAUGAGAACAAGCAUUUUUAUUGGACAAAUUCAGGUAGGACCUUCACUCUUUCUGCCUGUUUCCUUCCAUUUGGUUCCUAGUGUACAUCUCUCGGUCUGUCCUAUGCAGGUCUGGAGCUAUAGUGGUUGUCUUGUAUUGGUCACUACCACUAUAAGGGGCUCUGUGGAUCAGUGUUGCAAUCUACAGGGUGUAUGGUUGGCCCUGCUAUCUACUGCACUGGGACUGAGAACCUCCUCACCUCGCUCUCUCUGUCUUUGACAUUAAAUAUUACAUUGAAAACAUAAUGAAAACAGACAGAGGGGCCAUCUGGCCUUGCGGAGCGGUGUACAGUGUAAGUGUAAUGGAUUAUGAUGACUUCUUACUCUGACAGAAUAGGAUGGCAUGUGAAAAGCUCUAAUCAUAGUUUGACUGCAAUGUUUCCCCACAGGGAAAUGUAAUGUUGCAAUCCUCCUCUCUGACAAAAAUCCAUCUCCCACACUGUCUCUCACUACUGAGCAGCAGUUUAAAAACUCAGGAAUGAAGAUCUACAAACUGAACAGUGUAAAGUCAGGCAGUCCAGAACUGUCUGAACUGUGUCAAUUGGAAUGGACUUAAAUGGGUCACUGUUAAGUCCAUAGCAGACUGCAGUCUGUCAUGAUUGGUGUCAGCGACACAUAGAAAUGUUUCUGAAUAACUGUUUCUUUAACUUGGUGUAUUAUCUUUUAAUGUCGUUCUGUCCUCAUUUCUCCCUUCUCCUCUCUACUCCUCCCCUCUAGGUUCUCUUCAGGUGAUGAAUAAGACUCGUAAGAUAAUGGAAGAUGGAGGUACCUCGUUCACCAAUGCCUUUGUAACCACGCCCAUGUGCUGUCCGUCGCGUUCGUCCAUGCUGACUGGGAAGUACGUUCACAACCACAACACCUACACCAACAACGAGAACUGUUCUUCGCCAUCCUGGCAGGCCCAGCACGAACCACGCUCCUUCGCCGUCUACCUCAACAAUACAGGAUACAGGACAGGUAAGGUCGUACAGAGUGGCACACACACUCCCUGCCAGAGUUCAGUCAGUCACCAGCUCCCCAAAUGCCCGGUUAGGCUGCUGACAUUCACCCCUGUUAUUCAAACACAAAUUUUUUACGGGAACCGUCCCUCUGUUUCUGUCUCCCUCCCUCCGUCCCUCUCUUCCUCCAUCCCUGCCUCCCCCUCUCUGCCUCCCUCCCUACCUCCCUCCCUCUCUAUCAGCCUCCCUCCCUCCCUCUCUAUCUGCCUCCCUCCCACCCUCUAUAUCAGCCUUCCUCUCUCCCUCCCUCCCGAUCUUCCGAUCUUCCCCUCCCUCCCUCUCUCCCUGCCUGUCUGUCCGCUGUGAGAAAUGCAAACAUGGUGUGGGUGCCAGGCUCCUGUCGGGGCUCAUCAGCUAGUGUCUGAGUGAUGGCUGGGCGGGCAGGCGGGUCGGGAGGCGUACAGGCUCUGGGCUGGGCAGCUCAAUGGGGUCCUGUGGCUUGCAGAGCGAAGAGGGCUGUGGUUUUGGAGCUGAUAUGUUGGUCUACAAUUAGCUCUCUCUGGGUAGACUGGCCUCGCGCCCAGGAGGCUUCUACUGGGGAGAGAUAGAGGGAUGUUUAGUUAGGAGAAGAGAGACACAGGAUCGAGGGACAGCGGGGGACAGAAAGGGACAGAGAGGGACAGAGUUAGAGGCAUACAAACGCAACACAUUGUCACUAAAGUCAACAAACAGUUCCAGGUACAUGAUUCAUGGGGCUGAGGUGUUUGUGGGGCGUUAGGGUCAGAGAAAGGUCACACAACAGGGAAAAAAUUGCUGAUAUUUAUCAAGUCAGUUCACUACCCAACUCUGUGGUUAUGAGAAACAUUGCUCAUCAAGCUUCCAAAAAUUGCCCGUGAAUCAUCAGCUUUUGAGACAUUUCUUACAGGUUCUUACAGACAAUAAAUCAGAGCCAAUAUAUAAUCCUCCUGUCAUCCCGUCCUCUUUUCGUGAAGCCAAAGACACAUUUCUACAUGAAAGUUGUUCUAAUUGUAACUCUCUUUUCCCUCUCUCCUCUGUUCCAUCGCAGCUUUCUUUGGGAAGUACCUGAACGAGUACAACGGCAGCUACAUCCCUCCUGGGUGGCGGGAAUGGGUGGGGCUGAUAAAAAAUUCCCGCUUUUAUAAUUACACCGUCUGUCGGAACGGUUACAAGGAGAAGCACGGCGCAGAGUAUGCCAAGGUAUGUCUGCAUGCCUGCUAGUGAUGUUCCCUGUGUGUGUGUGUGUGUGCGUGCGUCCAAGCCUUGUCUGCCCUUAAAGAUGCCCCAUUAAUCUCAAUUACUUAUUUGUUCUUCCUUUACGACUGAAUGUAAUUGAAUGUAAGGUCUUUUCCCUACUAAUUGCAGGGUUCCUAUUGGUUUAUGUCUCUGGCUUGCCCUAGUCAGGCUAGGAUUCCUGGGUAAAUUAAAGGGGAAGUGUUGAAAUGAAUAAUUUGAAGUGGCGUCUCGGGAGUUUGCUCUGAGAUACAGUUUUAUUUUAUUGUGGCGUGCCACAACGUUUAAAGAUUGUAAAGCAGACGCGCUGGCUGCCUCCAGGGGGUUAGAAGUUACAGUACUCUUAGAAAUGACCACCCUGCUUUAGUUUUUUCACUCUCUCUCUCUGUCUCUCUUUGUCUCUCUCUCUGUCUCUCUCUCUCUCUCUCUCUGCUCUCUGCUCUGUCCUCUCCUCUCUCUGUCUCUCUGUCUCCUAUGUCUCUCUGUCCUCUCUGUCUCCUCUGUCUCUCUGUGUCUCUCUCUCUCUGCUCCUCUGUCCUCUCUGUCUCCUCUGGUAUCGUUGUUGCUUUUCUCCUUUCCUCUUGUCUCUCUUUCUCUCUUUUUCUCUCCUCUCGCUUUGUUUCUCUCUCUCUCUCCUCUCUCUCUCUCUCUUUUUCUCUCUCUCUCUCUCGUCUCUUUCUCUGCCUCUCUCAAUCUCUCUCCUCUCUCUCUCUCUCUCUCUUUUUUCUCUCUCUCUCUUUGUGUCUCUCUCUCUCUGUCUCUCUCUCUGUCUCUCUCUGUCUCUCUCUUUGUCUCUCUCUCUCUCGCAUUCUCUGUUUGUUUUUAUCUAUCGUUCUCUAUAUUUCUCUCUCUUUCUGGGGUUGUGGAGUUCGUCUGCUUCUGUUAAUCUUUCUUGCUUCCCUCCAUCUCUUUCUCUCUCUGUCUCUAUCUCGCUCUCUUUCUGUCUCUCUCUCUCUCUCUCUGGGUGUUGUGGAGUUGCUCUAUGCUACAUCUCUGGAUGGCUAAAGGAAGGGAAUAAUUUUGUCAUGUCAGUGUCAGACGCUGGCUAGGAGUGAAGGGGUAACUCCAUGAUUGUGGAGGGGAUGGGGCUUCAACACACACACACACACACACACACACCUACUCAAAUGGCACCCUAUCCCUAUAUAGAGCCCUAUGGACCCUGGUCAAAAGUAGUGCUCUACAUAGGGAUUGGGUGCCAUUUGGGAUGCACACCUGCUCUGUUUCAACAUCCUGCCAGCUAACGUAGUCCUAAGGGCAUGAGGAAUUCAUGGUUUGGGUUCAUGUUGACCAGGGUGUUUUAGUGCCUGUCUGAAGGAUGGGUAAAUAAAUGCUUGGCAUGGUACUCAGACGUCAAAUGGCUUGUCUUGUUGAGUUAGACGGAGGUGUAAAGUUACCCACGAGUUGAGGCUGAGGUGUUUAUGAGAUUGGGAGACGAGUAGAUGAGCACGUUGUGGUUUCAGACCCAAGAGGACCCUAUAAAUUAAAACCACUGCAGUGGGCAGUGGACACACACAUACAGGCAAGCACGCAUACACACAUACAGACACACACACACACACAGACACACACACUAGCCAGAUCCCAUUAUGUAGACUUGUGGACAGUGACAGUGAUGGUGAUGGCAGUCCUCCUAUGUACAGUUCACUGGGGAGUCACCAGUCACAGUGGGCAGUAGAGGGUCAAUAGAGGGUGAGAAGUUCAGGGAACAUAUCUCUAUGUGUACAGUUCACAUACAAGGGCAAUGCCAAUGCAUCGUCAAAUUCUGUUGAUUCGACUAUGCAUUGGCCCAAUCAUGACUUCACUACCAAAAACUGUCUCCAUUUUUAAAGCUCUGAGUUGGGACUAAGGAUGUGAUACACAUGCCCAAGGAUUUCACUCCCCCCCCUCCGCUUCUCAAGUUUUUUCAAGCUUGCCUCUCACUCCAUGACAGGCUGACUGCCCCAUUCAGCAUCCCUUCAAGCUGAACUUUCUUAAGAAAUUGUUAAGAGAGCUGUAGUCUUCAUGGGAAUGUUUUUUUGCCAUAACUAUUAGCUAAGCAUUGCUUUAACCUGUGGCACAGUGGCACGUUAGCAUGGCACCAUUGCACACUACUUCUGCUCAGCCCUGCCAGGAGCCCUGCCAGGUCAAAGUGAACCCAGGGUUAGCCGGAUUUCCCUGAAAUGGUAUAAAUCAGAUUUAACGUGAUUCAUCUUGGAGCUAUUAAUGGUUUUAUAGCUGACUUUAAUUACUUACUGGCUCUAAGGGAGGGAGAGGCUGGUAGAUUGCACGCACAUGGCAUUACCAUGGUAUUACCGACCUACUCUCCUCCAAACCACUGUGACUCUGACCUGAGUUACCCUCCAGCAGUCCCAAAUGACACCUUAUUCCCUAUAUAGUGCACUACUUUUGACCAGGGGCCAUAGGACACAAAAAUUGUGCAGGGUGCAGACUUAGGUUAGUUAAAGUGAUGGGAAGGUGGUGAACACUCUGAUGUGAACUUCCAAGUAGAUGGAUUAGAGUUUCUCUGGCUUUAGACAUAUGGGAUGAAUGGGUCAGUGGCAUGACAUACCUCUGCUAAUGUUGUCAAAGUAAUGAACGAAAAUAGGCACUCUGUCCAAGAGUGGCUAAAUAUCUCUUCCACAUUCAGCUCUGCUGAAGCCUUGGAGGACGAGGUCUCUGCCUCUAGAUAACAGCCUUAGAGAGAAGACACAUCAUAACCAAAGUCAGGUCCUAUCGCAUCUGACCACAGAACAUUGUGCUGUUUCCCAACAGUUCACCACCUUUGGUAGACACCCAGCAGGUGAUCUGCUGCGCAUAGCUGUUCACAGCUGACGUUCGUUCCCUCUCGAUAGAGAGGGAGAGAGGGAGAGAGAGGGAGAGAGAGGGAGAGAGGGAGAGAGGGAGAGAGGGAGAGAGGGAGAGAGGGAGGAGAGGGGAGAGGGAGAGAGAGUGAGAGACUUCAGUGUUGUCAUAACACAGUGCCGGCUGAGAGCACUGACCUCCUCUCACCAUCAAGUGUUAGUGUCAACACCGGUGUCACAGGCAAUACUGUCCCCCCGGUUCACAGAACCACUCAUGAGGCAGCCGCUUGCACACACACAUGCAGAGCUCACAUGCACACACACACUGUAAACACACAUGGGCGAGCAGCCAGCUGCUAACUCAGUUGAUUGCUACUGGAUUGAGUUAGGAGGAAUUAGGAGAGCAGUAUAGUGGUUUCUCUAUAUAUGAAAGAGGAAUUUUCAUAUGACCUCUUCUGUGCAGAUCUGCCCUGCUCUGGUCAAAAGUAGCACACUAUUUAGGGAAGAGGAUGCCUUUUGGGACACAGCCCUGGAUAGGUAAAAACAAAAAGGCAUUAAACAACAUGUACAAGACAGCAGCCAUGUUACUUUGACCUGUUGUUAAAGGACCAUGACAUUGGAAAAUAAGAGACUUUGAACUUUUGGGGCUGGCUUCCCGGAAGCAGAUUAUGCCAAUUCCUAGACUAUGAAGCACCUUCUAUGGAUAAUCUCAAUUUAAACAUGCUCUGAAGUCCAGGACUAAAGCCUAGAGUAUGGGAAACCGCCCAUUGUGGCCUAACCUGUACAAUACAAACAAUUUUGUCCACACAAUGAGUAUUAAAGAUAAUACUAUGUUUUUCCCCUUUGCAGGACUAUUUCACGGACCUUAUCACCAACGACAGUAUCAACUUCUUCCGUAUGUCCAAGAAGGUUUACCCUCACCGGCCAGUGAUGAUGGUCAUCAGCCACGCUGCCCCCCAUGGCCCGGAGGACUCAGCCCCACAGUACUCAGAGAUGUUCCCCAAUGCAUCACAACACAUGUGAGUCACACACACACACACACUAUGUAUGGACACACACAUGCGUGCAGAGAUACAUGUAUACACACACAGAUACAUGGAUUCACACCCAAACAUGCAAGUACUCUAUGUAUUGCUGCAGUGGGGAAUUUUCCCCAAGUCUGAAGUGUUGUGGUUUAUGAUUUGGCAGCCAUUAUCCUCUAAAUAUUUUCUAAACAUUAUUACAGUUCUGUGUACUCCAAGUCUCUGUCCUAAACGGCACCCUAUUCCCUAUAUAGUGCACUACUUUUGACCAUAAUCCCAUUGGACCUAGUCAAAAUAAGUGCAUUACAUAGGGAAUAGGGUGCCAUUUGGGAUGCUGCCAUUUUCCUGGUCGUUAGAUGAUGACAGGCUGCUAAAACGCUCCUCUGGCAAACACCUCUGACUGGCAGCGUGAAACUGAUGUGAUUUAUCAUCUAAGAAUAGUCAGGGAACAUUCCUUCCUGGGAGAGGACAGGGAGCUCUCAUGCCAAGCCUGCGGUAGGGGAGCUCUCAUCCAGGAGCAUCAGAACUGUGGUAGCCCUCCGAUUAUAGAAAUAGAAUCAUGAUAGAAUUAUGAUUAUAUUCCUAUGGUUCCGAACAGGGCUAAGCUAGGCCACUCCAUUGGCACUAACCCAGCAGCCUCCCUCCCAACCUCCCUGCACUAUAUCCCUCCUCAGUUCUGUGCUGCUCUCCUCCACUCCUGGAAGUUGUGUCCUGAGGCUAGAAGACAGAGUGGGAGACCAUGGUCAGGUUUAGGCAGUUUUUUCUCUCUUUUUGUCCCUCAUUCUCCCCCUCUCACCCACUCUCCCGCUCUCCCUUCAUCCCCCCCUUCCCUUCUCUGUCCCUCUCUCCCUUCCCCCUCUCUCUCUCGCUCCCUGUCUCUCUCUCUUUCUGCUUUGUAAUUCCCUGGGACAUCCUGACCCUGUCUAUAUCAAUCAGCCCCUUCUCCCCAGGGCUGCAGGGAUGUGAGGAAUGCAUUGUAUGUUCUGGAGCAGGCAGGCCUUUGACAUUAUUCAUGUGUUUUUGCGUGAACCUCCAGGCUGGUGAGGGGGGGUCGGAGGUGAGGCAGGAGGUAGGUGGCUGGGGGUACCAGGCCCCCGGAUGGGUGAGUGGGUAGAAGUAGGGAAAGAGAGGGAUAUUGGGGGAGGGCUCUAGGCCUCCGUGGGGGGGGGGGGGGGGGGGGGGGGGGGUCAUGGGGGAUUGCCAAGGUUCCCGUGUGUCGUGGUGAGCACCAGGGUCAGUGUAGUGGGAAGAGGAACAGGUGCCAGGCAUGGUCCGAUGUGGGUGGCAUGUCUUGAUGGGCAUUGAUGCACCAUUGAUGGUUCCUCUACCCAGAUAUUGUGAGUUACAUCAAACCAGCCUUUUCCAAGUAGAGGUCUAGGUUGCAGGCUUAACGUCUUACUACGGAAGUUCCCCUCUCCUCUCCUCUGAUUGAGUUGUGGUAACUCCUGCCCUCCUCUCCUCCUCAGACCUCUGUUGUGUUCUUCACCGCCCAGCUAGGAGGUCUAAUAAGCCCCACAAAGAGGCUUGUUUAUGGGCACAGGGCCACUGGGGGCUGGGGUCCGGGCUGGGCACCUCUGAGGGAACCAGGAAUGUUGGGGUCAGGGGAAUGAGCCCAGCUUAUACAGGGAGAGGCCUAUAGGACACUGUACACCUGUCACACUAUACCUUUAUACAUCAAGGUUCUCUGGGUCAGUGUCUGGCUGCCUCCCAAAUGACACCCAUUCCCUAUAUAGUGCACUACUUUUGACCACAGCCUUAUCGGCCCUGGUCAAAAGUAGUGCACUAUAUAGGAAAUAUGGUGCCAUUUUGGACACAGAAUACAUCUAGCCUGGGUUCUAAAGGGUAUUAGUCCGGGAUUACCUCUCUGGCUCUCAGGGUUAGUGUUCAGCUUAGACUACAACCUCACCAUACAAUUUACAGGGCUAUACGCUCAGCCUGGGAUAGCACAAGGGGUUAAGGCCCUUAGUUUAAGGUUACUUUCACCCUACAGCUAAAUGUUCAGCUUUGUCUUGCUCAGACACCACACAAUACCGAGGUGUAGUUAGCUAGAAGUCCAAAUAUGUUUAGACAUUUACUGCCAGUCUAAGUGUAUUCGUACACCCUAACAUGUACUUAAAGAAAUAAAACCACUUCUUGUGGUUUUCUGUGAGGGUUUGUCAGGUUCCUAAUUCCCAUCCCAGUUGUUCCCAUUCCCAGGGUGCGUCCUAAAUGGCACACUAUCCCCUAUGGGCCUUCAUCAAAAGUAGUGCAUUAAAUAGGGAAUAAGGUGCGAUUUGUGACGCAGCCCCAGUCGGGAGGGGGAGGGGGAGAGGGAGAGGGAGAGGGAGAGAGAGGGAGACCUACCUACCUUGGGCCAGGAAUGUUAAUGACAUUAACAUCAAAACUCCCCUUCCACAGCUCCCUUCAAAACUACAGAUGCCUGUUUUUGAUUUACAACAGACAGGGUCUAGCUGUUUUACUGCUUUAUUGUGCAACCUUCUCACAGCUACAUGCACUAAGGAUUAGCAUCAUCACUUACCAGGUCAAGCAACAAACUGAACAACUAGCACGGCAUGUAGUGUGAAAUAUCCUUGUCUGAACCUUUUUCACUACCUAAUGUUGCCGGAACAUUCCCCGUCAGCAUCUAAACCAAAAACACCACAGUAGACAGGUGUACUGAACCUGUAUCCAUACACCUCUUCACAGCUACCAGCAACAACACACACACACACACACACACACACACACACACACACACACAUCUGUACCAGAUAAUGCCACAGUAGACACAUCUCUUUACAUCUCCACACCUACCAACAACUCUCUCUCUCUGUUUACCCACGUCUUGUCUUCACAGUCCAGGGCUUGUAACCAACUUGACUUGUGGGCCCAGAAUCCAACACGGCUAUUAUUUUCUUAAGCAUGUGCCAACCCUCAAAUGACUCCUCUGAGCCAAGAGGUCUGUCGACUCAGUGUGAGGGGAGGGAGGGAGGGAGGGAGGGAGGGAGGGAGAGAGAUGGAGGAGAGGGAGAGAGGGAGAGAGGGAGAGAGAAUUUCCCUCAGUAAACAUCUUAGUUAUGGAUGCUUGUCAAACAGAGCAGACAGCAUGGUAGAACCCACAGACACCUGCAGCCCAAAAAUGGCACCCUAUUCCCUACAUAGUGUAGUAGUGUACUACUGUAUGUAGGGAAUAGGGUGCCAUUUGGGAUGCAGCCAUAGACACCUGCAGAAGGCUGAGAAAUGACAGACAGGUGGUUGUUGCAUACUACUGCUGAAACCUUAAAGGGUUACACACAUGCGCGCGUGCACACACACACACACACACACACACACAAAGGGUGUCUUUAUGGCUAGUUGGUAUUCUGAUGACUCCUGCAUGUUUUGCUUCUCUUGCCUCCUAGAUCACCUGGACUGCUAGUGAGGGUUGAACAGACACACUGUGUUUCUUCUGUCUUUCAUAGCCUUUGCAUUGCAAGGUCUUGGUCCUAAUAGGGAGAAGUUGGGGUGCAUCUCAAGCAAUGGUGGCUGGUGGCACUUUUAAAUGGAGAGGACGGGCUCAAAGUAAUGGCUGGAACGGAAUGAUAUCAAACACAUCAAACUUUACUCCAGCCAAACUUUACUCCACCAACAACCUCUUCUUCAUCUAAACUGAUGUAAAGAGAACAAAAUGGGUAAAAAUAUUAUCUUUAACUAACUAUUUUGUGUUUCCUCUCCUCGCCGUAGCACCCCCAGUUACAACUACGCCCCAAACAUGGAUAAACACUGGAUCAUGCAGUACACCGGCCCCAUGAGGCCCAUCCACAUGGAAUUCACCAACUUCCUACACAGGAAGAGACUACAGACACUCAUGUCAGUGGACGACUCUGUUCAGAAGGUAAGACAAUCUGUUUCUAGUUAAGUUUUCUAGUUUUUAUUUAAAUGCCUUUUUAUGAAAAAUGUGUAGGGAGGGAGAUACAACUGUCUGCAUAAUGCUGUUCAUCUCUCACCUAUGAUUAGGAUUUUGUUAUUGAAAUAUAUGUACAGUGCAUUCGGAAAUUAUUCAGACCCCUUGACCUUUUUCACAUUUUGUUAUGUUACAGCCUUAUUCUAAAAUGGAUUAAAUAGAACAUUUUCCUCAUCAAUCUACACACAAUACCCCAUAAUGACAAAUCGAAAACAGGAUUUUAGAAAUGUUUGCAAAUGUAUAAAAAACAGAUACCUUAUUUACGUAAGUAUUCAGACCUUUUGCUAUGAGACAGAUCUGGGGAAGGGUACCAAAAAAUUUCUGCAGCAUUGAAGGUCCCCAAGAACACAGUGGCCUCCAUUCAUUCUUAAAUGGAAGAAGUUUUGAACCACCAAGACUCUUCCUAGAGCUGGCCGCCCGGCCAAACUGAGCAAUCGGGGGGAGGGGGGUGUAAGGGCCUUGCAGGGAGGUGACAAAGCUCCAGAGUUCCUCUGCGGAGAUGGGAGAACCUUCCAGAAGGACAACCAUUUCUGCAGCACUCCACCAAUCAGGCCUUUAUGGUAGAGUGGCCAGACGGAGGCCACUCCUCUUUACUCAGUAAAAGAAGACUCGAGACUGUAAUCGCUGCCAAAGGUCCUUCAACAAAGUACUGAGUAAAGGGUCUGAAUACUUAUGUAAAUGAGAUAUUGUCGUUUUCUUAUUUGUAAUACAUUUGGAAAAAUUACUAAAAACGAAUUUUUGUGUGUAGAUUGAGGGGGGAAAAACCAUUUGAUCAAUUUAAAAAUAAGUCUGUAACCUAACAAAAUGUGGAAAAAGUCAAGGGUUCCCAAUACUUUCCGAAUGCACUGCACAGUAGUAAUAAGCUUAUGAAGUGUGAGUUUCUGUCGAUUUGUCUCUUUGUCUGUUCCUUGCUCACGCAAGACUGUGUUUUCCCCAGGUAUAUGAGAUGUUGGUGGAGAGUGGAGAGCUGGACAACACCUAUAUAAUCUAUACUGCUGACCACGGCUAUCACAUCGGUCAGUUCGGACUGGUAAAAGGGAAGUCAAUGCCCUAUGACUUUGACAUUCGAGUACCCUUCUUCCUCAGAGGGCCCAACGUCGAGCCUGGAGCAGUGUAAGUAAGCCUUGUCCGAGCCAGAAUGGGCCAUAGGGUAGCGUGAGGCCGCUUGAUGUACAAGUACACCCCCUGGACAGGACGCUAGUCUGUUGCAGGGCUUUACCCCCAAUCUAUCUCCUUAAAGGACAAAUCCACUCAAAAAACGAUCUUACCAUAAUCAACAACAAUACCAAAUUACACUGAAAAUGGGACUCAAUGCCUCUCUGUUUGGCACUCAGCAUUAAAGGAAAACUCCACUCAUAAACAUGGUAUUUUUUUCAUUAGUCCACUGUUGAUACAGUCCCAAAAUGUUUUGCACGGCAGCAGUCAAGUUUUCAAGAUAUUGGACUUUCAAGAAGCAAAGUGUCACAUUUGGUAUUGUUGUUAUCUAUGGUGUUGUUGUUUAUGGUGUUGUUGUUGUUUAUGGUGGUGUUGUUGUUUAUGGUGUUGUUGUUGUUUAUGGCGGUGUUGUUUAUGGUGUUGUUGUUUUUUCCUCCACAGCAACCCUCAGCUGGUGUUGAACAUUGACCUGGCUCCCACCAUCCUGCACAUCGCUGGGCUGGACACUCCUCCGGACAUGGACGGGAAGUCCAUCCUCCAGCUACUGGAGCAUGAGAAGACUGGCAACAGGUACACAUGGACACAUCUUUUUCUUCUAUUUUCUUAUUCAUAUCUUUAUCAACAGGUACACAUGGACACAUCUUUUUCUUCUAUUUUCUUAUUCAUAUCUUUAUCAACAGGUACACAUGGACUGCCAUCUGAAUUUCACCACGAUGUCCCAUAAGGACAAAGUUUGUCUUAUUAUACAAGAGAAACGUAUAGUAUGUUUUUUUUAUGUGAGUGAAAUCUGGCCCCCAAAAGAGGCUAAUUGGACAAUCUUUGCACAUUCAUGGAAUCUUAAAGGGACAAUCUGGGAUUGAUACAUCCACUUUUUGGUUUGAAUGCCAGAUGUCCCUUUACGUUUUUAGCACUAUAGCAAGGAAAAGGAAAGUAUUUUAUCCUCUAAGCCAGUGAUUCAGGGUUUCAUGUUCAUACAGAACAAAUUUCACUUCCUUAUCGCUUCUCCACAAAACCAUAUUGUGUAAUAACUUGCUCUGGCUGGCUGUACACUGAAGACCAACAUAGCUCAAAUGGCACCCUAUUCCCUAUAUAGUGCGCUACAGGGUAACCCUAUGGACCCUGGUCAAAAGUAGUGCACUAAAUAGGAAAUAGGGCGCCAUUUGGGAUGCAUCCAUUGGCAGGCCCAUGUGUCCACAGGCAGGCCCAUGUGAAUUAUAUGGACUAAAGAGGAUUUUGUUUUUCCAGAUUCAAACCCAAUCGGAAACCCAAAGUCUGGAGGGACACAUUCCUGGUGGAGAGAGGGUAAACUGAUGUCCUUUAUCCCUACCCCCUCCACCCACACACACACACACACCCGACACAUGCAUGCAUACACACACAUUCAUUUUCCACACACACAUUGUCCUAAACAGACACACAUGAACGCAAAAGGCACUACACCACAGAUCCAUGUCAGCAGUUAGUGCAGAAAUGUGUGACAACAAUUGUACAUUUCAUUGAAUCCCAAACGUGUCAGGCAGUGGACGAGCAUUCACACAUCCUUCGUCCCAAAUGGCACCCUAUUCCCUAUAGUGCACUUCUUUUGACCAGGGCCCAUAAGGUUACCCAUAGGUUUGUGAAUGCUCGUCCUCUCAGCGGUCCAGCCAUUCUUUCCACUUAUUUACUACACACACACACACAUUUUCUGCCUGACAGACGCUUCCAGACCACAGUGGGUUGGGAAGACCAUGGGUUGGAAGACCGUGGGGGAGACGGUUGGGAAUAUAAUUUUGAGCAUUGUUUGAUCUAUGUUAGGAGCUAUGAACGCCUGCCUGGUGCAUCAUGACAGUUCACACAGGCAGGCGUUGACACACAGGGCUUUAAAGGGCCGUCUUUUUCUGUCAGCCUGCUCUUUUGGGCCUGCAUUUCCAAUGUGGGAGACAGAGGCUGUGACCCAAAUAGUACCCUAUUCCCUAUAUAAUGCACUACCUUUGACUAGAGCCCAAUAGGGACAGCAAUAGAGAACUUGAUCACAGCCAAGCCCUGACCCAGACCCCUGUGCUGUGUGUCAGUAAGACUCAGAGACUCAGAAGCCCUGGUCAAAAUUAGUUCACUACAUAGGAAAUAGGAUGCCAUUUGGGACAUAUACAUUGCCUUUGUCCUCCUUGUGUGGGGCCUGUAUUGCAAGUGUUUAAGGCUGGGAAGAGAGACAGUGGCUGUGUCACAAAUGGCAAAGUGAUGGAUAGCUCAGUAGUUUUGAAACAGGAACAGGCUAACACUGACAGGGCUAAAAGUAAGUUGAGGUUGAACACAGACCACAGUAGAAGCAUGAUGGAAGGCUCAGUAAAUUCUCUCCAUUGUUGAGUAACAGAGCGAGGGGGUGUCUCUCAAAUGGCACCAUCUUUCCUAUCUAGUGCAUUGUUUUUGACCAGGGCCUAUUGGGUUAUGGUCAAAAGUAGUGCACUAUAUAGGGAAUAGGGUACCAAUUGGGAAGCAGACAUACAGUAGCACUGUGAUGGAUAGCUCCGUAGAUUCUCUCCAUUGUUGAGUAACACAGUGGAGGGUCUGGAGAGGCUUAUCUCAGCAGUCAUAAAGUAUGUAUGCAUUCCAAAUGGUACCAUAUUACCUACAUAGUGCACUACUUUUGACCAGAGCCCUAUCGGUAAAGUGGUGCACUAUAUAGGGAAUAGGGUGCCAUUUGGGAUGCAACCGAUGAAUAAACCCCAGUGUUCAGGCGUCAUACACAUGGUGGAUUAAUGUGGCUGUGGAUUAAACAGCCUAAAACCCUACAGGUCAGAGGUCACCAGUCUUUCAUUUCAGGCACAGCAGUGUUCUGUCGUUAGUUACCCCGUCACACAAACAGCAGCUGGAAGGCAGGAGGCCUAAUGCAACAUCAGUCAAUGGCUGCAUCUCAAAUGGGACCCUAUUCCUUAUAGUGCAUAACUUUUGACCAGGGCCCUAUGGUCAAAAGAAGUGCACUAUAUAGGGAAUAGGGUGCCAUUUGGGACGCAAACCAUGAGAGUAGAGGGCUGGCAUGGGAAGCUACUUCUCCAUACAUUUUCAGACACACGGCUUGUAAAAAAAAAACGGACUACAACUUCUAACUCCCCCUGUCCCUCCUGUCUGCAGUAAACUCCUGAGGAAGGAGGAGGAUGGAGGAGGCAGUCCAACCACCCAGCACACCAAUAGCCUGCCCCUCUUCUAACCCUCACCUCUACCACUAUCUUAACCAUCACCUGUCCCCUAAUCUGACGUGUCCCUCUACAGUAAACUCCUGAGGCAGAAGGAGGACGGAGGAGGCAGUCCAACAACCCCUCACACCAACAGCCUGCCCAAGUACAAGAAGGUCAAAGAGGUGUGUCAACAGGCAGAGUUCCAGACGCCAUGCCAACAGCCUGGGCAGGUAUGUGUAUUCACACACACAUGCACGCACGCACAAACACAUACAUAAACCCACACACAUUCACACACACACACACUAGGGUUGAAUAUUUUUUCCAUCCCGAGAAUAUAUCACUUUUCUCCCGGGUAACUCGGUAUUUCCCGCCAAAACUGGAAGUGUCAUUCAAAAGCAUUAUAAAGCAUAUAAGGCCUAUGUCUAUAUUUGAUUAGAGCUUUGAUCGAAAAUUCAAGCCUGAUGCUACCUGAGCCUGAUGAGCCAUACAUUAAAGACAUUUCAUGAGCCCUACAUUAAAGACAUUAAAUGAGCCCAAGCCCAAAAAAGCCAAAAUGAUUGUGUCUUUAUCCAAUACAUAUAUAAUAAAGGCUACUGCACAUUACGCAGGACAGAAAAGCAUAAAAGCCCAUAGAUGUAGCUAUGUCCAGCAAGCUAUUCUAGUCUAGCUUUUCCUGCACGGGACUCCAAGAGCUAAGGAGCGUUUUUUAAGGCCAGCGGAGCACAGGUGCGUGCGUAUUGCGCAAGAGACAGACGCUAUAAAUUAGAAGCUUACUAUGGAAAACCCAUCAUUAAUAAGCUAAAUAUAAUGCUAAUACUGCAUUGAAUUUAUCACCUGGAAAGAGGUAGGCUAGGACAUCUAUCUCUCUAUCUCUCUAUCUCUCUAUCUCUCUAUCACUCUAUCACUCUAUCACUCUAUCACUCUAUCACUCUAUCUAUCUAUCUAUCUAUCUAUCUAUCUAUCUAUCACUACACUACACUACACUACAAAAGUUUGGGGUCACUUAGAAAUUUCCUUGUUUUCGAAAGACAAUCAUUUUUUUUGUCCAUUAAAAUAACAUCAAAUUGAUCAGAAAUACAGUGUAGACAUUGUUAAUGUUGUAAAUGGCUAUUGUAGCAGGAAACCGCUGAUUUAAAAAAAAAAUGGAAUAUCUACAUAGGCGUACAGAGGCCCAUUAUCAGCAAGCAUCAGUCCUGUGUUCCAAUUGCACGUUGUGUUUCCUAAUCCAAGUUUAUAAUUUUAAAAGGCUAAUUGAUCAUUAGAAAACCCUUUUGAAAUUAUGUUAGCACAGCAGCUGAAAACUGUUGUGCUGAUUUAAAGAAGCAAUAAAACUGGCCUUCUUGAGACUAGUUGAGUAUCUGGAGCAUCAGCAAUUGUGGAUUCGAUUAGAGGCUCAAAAUGGUCAGAAACAAAUAACUUUCUUCUGAAACUCGUCAGUCUAUUCUUGUUCUGAGAAAUUAAGGCUAUUCCAUGCGAGAAAUUGCCAAGAAACUGAAGAUCUCGUACAACGCUGUGUACUACUCCCUUCACAGAACAGCGCAAACUGGCUCUAACCAGAAUAGAAAGAGGAGUGGGAGGCCCCGGUGCACAUCUGAGCAAGAGGACAAAUACAUUAGUGUCUAGUUUGAGAAACAGGCACCUCACAGGUCCUCAACUGGCAGCUUCAUUAAAUAGUACCCGCAAAACACCAGUCUCAACGUCAACAGUGAAGAGGCGACUCCGGGAUGCUGACCUUCUAGGCAGAGUUGCAAAGAAAAAGCCAUAUCUCAGACUUCCCAACUUAAUCUUUUUAUUGGCCAGUCUGAGAUAUGGCUUUUUCUUGGCGUCUACAAAAUAAAUAAUGGAAAAGUGGUGCGUGCAUAUGUAUUCACCCCCUUUGCUAUGAAGCCCCUAAAUAAGCUCUGGUGCAACCAAUUACCUUCAUAAGUCACAUAAUUAGUUAAAUAAAGUCCACCUGUGUGCAAUCUAAGUGUCACAUGAUCUGUAACAUGAUAUCAGUGUAUAUACACCUGUUCUGAAAGGCCCCAGAGUCUGCAACACCACUAAGCAAGGGGCACCACCAAGCAAGCGGCACCAUGAAGACCAAGGAGUUCUCCAAACAGGUCAGGGACAAAGUUGUGGAGAAGUACAGAUCAGGGUUGGGUUAUUUAAAAACAUAUCUGAAACUUUGAACAUCCCAUAUUAUUAAAAAAUUGAAAGAAUAUGGCACCACAACAAACCUACCAAGAGAGGGCCGCCCACCAAAACUCACGGACCAGGCAAGGAGGGCAUUAAUCAUAGAGGCAACAAAGAGACCAAAGAUAACCCUGAAGGAGCUGCAAAGCUCCACAGCGGAGAUUGGAGUAUCUGUCCAUAGGACCACUUUAAGCCGUACACUCCACAGAGCUGGGCUUUACGGAAGAGUGGCCAGAAAAAAGCUAUUGCUUAAAGAAGAAAAUAAGCAAACGCGUUUGGUGUUCUCCAAAAGUCAUGUGGGAGACUCCACAAACAUAUGGAAGAAGGUACUCUGAUCAGAUGAGACUAAAAUUGAGCUUUUUGGCAAUCAAGGAAAAUGCUAUGUCUGGCGCAAACCCAACACCUCUCACCACCCCGAGAACACCAUCCCCACAGUGAAGCAUGGUGGUGGCAGCAUCAUGCUGUGGGGAUGUGGCGCAGUGGUCUAAGGCACUGCAUCACAGUGCUAACUGUGCCACUAGAUCCUGGUUCGAAUGGCCUUGUCAAAGCCCAGACCUCAAUCCAAUUGAGAAUCUGUGGUAUGACUUAAAGAUUGCUGUACACCAGCGGAACCCAUCCAACUUGAAGGAGCUAGAGCAGUUUUGCCUUGAAGAAUGGGCAAAAAUCCCAGUGGCUAGAUGUGCCAAGCUUAUAGAGACAUACCCCAAGAGACUUGCAGCUGUAAUUGCUGCAAAAGGUGGCUCUACAAAGUAUUGACUUUGGGGGGGUGAAUAGUUAUGCACACUCAAGUUUUCUGUUUGUUUCACCCCAAAAAAUAUUUUGCAUCUUCAUGUUGUGUAAUUCAAAUGAUACAACCCCUCCGGGUGAAUACUUUCGCAAGCCACUGUAUUUAUCCGGGGAAAAGGGAGUGGUUUUGGGCGGUAAAUCUCGGUAACCGGGUUCCCGCUAUUCAACCCAUUACACACACACACACACACACACACACAUACACACACAACAAAGAGUGUGUAACGAGGUUCCCUGAAACACACACCCACCUGAAUGUGGCCAGAGUUUCCCCUGUUGCUGUCUGUAAUGAAGGAUUACGACUUAUAUGUGCACACUUACAAGCUGCCUGGUUCACAUUAGAACGCCCUGCAGGCUGCUACCUGAACAUUGGACCAAUUUGUAUUGUUCAGGUCUGCCAACUCUGUGGCUGUAUACCAGUGGUUAGUAGCUGGUCUAACCACUAAAGAGAGUGUGUGUGUGUGGCUGGUCUACCAGGCCCUGCCAGCCCUUUAAAGGGCCUGGGAUGAAAGGGAACGAGGGAAAAAUUAGUCCCUCGUUCAAACGGUACAGAAAUGUCCAAUUAUUGGACGAUUGCAGUAAAUGGCUAUUUGACUUCUGGAUGGCUGGCUGAAGGGUCUAUGGCUGCUGUGUUCUAUGGCUGGGACAGACUACAACACAGAAGAGGAAUUAUACUGUAUGGAAAAGAUUGUUACUGAAACAAAGAAGUUGAGGAAAUCCAAUUUGUUAGGUUACCGUGAGGGGGAAAAAUAUAUUUGAUCCCCUGCUGAUUUUGUACGUUUGCCCACUGACAAAGAAAUGAUCAGUCUAUAAUUUUAAUGCUAGGUUUAUUUGAACAGUGAGAGACAGAAUAACAACAACAAAAAUCCAGAAAAAUGCAUGUCAAAAAUGUUAUAAAUUGAUUUGCAUUUUAAUGAGGGAAAUAAGUAUUUGACCCCCUCUCAAUCAGAAAGAUUUCUGGCUACCAGGUGUCUUUUAUACAGGUAAUGAGCUGAGAUUAGGAGCACACUCUUAAAGGGAGUGCUCCUAAUCUCAGUUUGUUACCUGUAUAAAAGACACCUGUCCACAGAAGCAAUCAAUCAAUCAGAUUCCAAACUCUCCACCAUGGCCAAGACCAAAGAGCUCUCCAAGGAUGUCAGGGACAAUAUUGUAGACCUAAACAAGGCUGGAAUGGGCUACAAGACCAUCGCCAAGCAGCUUGGUGAGAAGGUGACAACAGAUGGUGCGAGUAUUCGCAAAUGGAAGAAACACAAAAUAACUGUCAAUCUCCCUCGGCCUGGGGUUCCAUGCAAGAUCUCACCUCGUGGAGUUGCAAUGAUCAUGAGAAUGGUGAGGAAUCAGCCCAGAACUACACGGGAGGAUCUUGUCAAUGAUCUCAAGACAGCUGGGACCAUAGUCACCAAGAAAAAAAUUGAUAACACACUACGCCGUGAAGGACUGAAAUCCUGCAGCCCAGAACUUCCCCCUGCUCAAGAAAGCACAUAUACAGGCCCGUCUGAAGUUUGCCAAUGAACAUCUGAAUGAUUCAGAGGAGAACUGGGUGAAAGUGUUGUGGUCAGAUGAGACCAAAAUCAAGCUCUUUGGCAUCAACUCAACUCGCCGUGUUUGGAGGAGGAGGAUUGCUGCCUAUGACCCCAAGAACACUAUCCUCACCGUCAAACAUGGAGGUGGAAAUAUUAUGCUUUGGGGGUGUUUUUCUGCUAAGGGGACAGGACAACUUCACCGCAUCAAAGGGACGAUGGACGGCGCCAUGUACUGUCAAAUCUUGGGUGAGAACCUCCUUCCCUCAGCCAGGGCAUUGAAAAUGGGUCGUGGAUGGGUAUUCCAGCAUGACAAUGACCCAAAACACACGGCCAAGGCAACAAAGGAGUGGCUCAAGAAGAAGCACAUUAAGGUCCUGGAGUGGCCUAGCCAGUCUCCAGACCUUAAUCCCAUAGAAAAUCUGUGGAGGGAGUUGAAGGUUCGAGUUGCCAAACGUCAGCCUCGAAACCUUAAUGACUUGGAGAAGAUCUGCAAAGAGGAGUGGCGCAGUGGUCUAAGGCACUGCAUCACAGUGCUAGCUGUGCCACUAGAGAUCCUGGUUCGAAUCCAGGCUCUGUCGUAGCCGGCCGUGACCGGGAGACCCAUGGGCGGCGCGCAAUUGGCCCAGCGUUGUCCAGGGUAGGGGAGGGAAUGGCCAGCAGGGAUGUAGCUCAGUUGGUAGAGCAUGGCGUUUGCAACGCCAGGGUUGUGGGUUCGAUUCCCACGGGGGGCCAGUAUAAAAAUAAAAAAAUAAAAAAUAAUGUAUGCACUCACUAACUGUAAGUCGCUCUGGAUAAGAGCGUCUGCUAAAUGACUAAAAUGUAAAUGUAAAAUCCCUCCUGAGAUGUGUGCAAACCUGGUGGCCAACUACAAGAAAUGUCUGACCUCUGUGAUUGCCAACAAGGGUUUUGCCACCAAGUACUAAGUCAUGUUUUGCAGAGGGGUCAAAUACCUAUUUCCCUCAUUAAAAUGCAAAUCAAUUUAUUAAAUUUGUGACAUGCAUUUUUCUGGAUUUUUUAGCUGUUAUUCUGUCUCUCACUGUUCAAAUAAACCUACCAUUAAAAUGAUAGACUGGUCAUUUCUUUCAGUGGGCAAACAUACAAAAUCAGCAGGGGAUCAAAUACUUUUUUCCCUCACUUUAUGUGGGGGAACCCGCUUUAGUCUUUAUGUAGCAUGCGAGAUUGUGGGGGUGAUGGUUUAGUGUGUGUGUAUGUAAUGUAUUCAGCCAGCGAAUGUGUAGUUACAACACAUACAUGUGGAGGUUUAGUCCUAGCUAGCUAUAGCCCUUGUCUAUUAUUUAACCUAUUUUCCUAGUUAGCAGCCUCCCUCUGUCUCUGUGGGGUCUUCCUUUAGAAGGAAUAAUAUGGAGGGAAAGUCUAUUAAACUCUUAAAACAGCUGGUUAGAACACACACACACACACACACACACACACACUGGUCUGUGGUCAAUAGACACCUGUCCACCAAGGUUCAAAUCCAUGAUUUAAAGGGGAGGGCUAAAGCUCAAAGCCUUUGCGGUCAAUGUAUUUAAAGGGGAGUAGACUACACCAAAUGUUACCUAAAGGACAUGAGACAUUGUAAGUAGCUUAGUGGUUAAGAGUGUUGUGCCAGUAACCGAAAGGUCGCUGGUUCUAAUCCCCGAGCCCGAGCCGACUAGGUGAAAAAUCUGUCGAUGUGCCCUUGAGCAAGGCACUUAACCCUAAUUGCUCCUGUAAGUCGCUCUGGAUAAGAGCGUCUGCUAAAUGACUAAAAUGUAAAUGUAAGUGUUUUCAGAGUGAAAGGGCAGUAUGACAGCCUAUAGAACUCUGUGACUGUGAGAAGAAUAUGAGUGGUUUAGUAAUGUGGUUGUGUCCCAAACUAUACCCUAUUCCUUAUAUAGUGCACUAUUUUUGACCAGAACCCUACCGGUCCAGGUCAAAAAUAGUGUACUACAUGGGGAAUAUGUGCCAUUUGGGACAAGGUCAUUUGUAUUUAUAGAUGUCAUAAACUCAAGGUUCCAUUCGGUCUUAUUCUUAUUCUAUACAAGACUCCCUUCCUGCUGGCUCUCUGUUCUGAUCUCCCACCCAGUUCAUUUGCAGCAGGCUAUCUCUCAAUCUGUAAAUGAAUUAAUAAUGUGUGUCAGUCUGAGAGAGCUGUAGCAGUUUGGGUCUGCCACUUCUAGAGCAAGUCUCAACUUGUAGGGUCUUCCCCACUUUAACCCCCUCUCUCUCACACACUCCCUCACUCACUCACUCCCUCUCUCUCUCACUCCCUCUCACUCCCUCCCUUCUCCCUCUCUCCCUCCCUUACUCCCUCUCUCACUCCUCUCUCACUCUUUCUCACACUCCCUCACUCACUCAUUCACUCUCUCACUCACUCAUUCACUCUCUUACUCACUCUCUCUCUCUCUCUCUCUCUCUCUCUCUCUCUCUCUUUCCCUCACUCACUGUUUUCCACACUGUGGAAUGUGGCUGAAAAGUCCUAAAAGCACUGCAUGCCUCCCCCCCCCCCCCCCCCCCCCCCCCCCCCUCCUCUUCCUCCCCUCCCCUGCCACCCUCCCCCCUCAUCUCCCCUCCUUCCUACUCUCUUCCUCCCUCCAUUUCCCUCUUGAUAUAACAUGGCUGUCAGGGCCAUCUGUCAGUCAGCUGUCUGUCAGUGAGCGUCUGAGCGAGUGGUCCACAGAGGAAACCCGAUCCUACCCAUAGCCCUUUGUUUGGAACUCUCGUUCCCACGCACCGCCACGGUCCGCAGAUAUGUCCCCCCCUCUCCAACCUGCAUCCCAAACAGCACCCUAUUCCCUAUAUAGUCCACUACUUUUGACCAGAGUCAAAAGGUAGUAGGCCCUGGUCAAAAGUAGUGCACUAUAUAGGGAAUAGGGUGUCAUUUGGGAUGCAACCCCAAACACUUUAAGCCAAAUUAUCACAUGACUUACUUAGCCGAAUGAGCUUUCACUUUUUUUGACCCCUCCCUUUCAACUUGACUGAUUCAUGGCGUUGGGGGUAGGAGACAUUGUGGAUGUGCACCACUAACUAGAUUAUGCUGGUGACGCAGCCAGGGGUUUGGAAGACAGACAGACAGACAGACAGACAGACAGACACAGAAAGAGACAAAGAGCGAGACAGCGAGAGACAGAAAGAGACAAAGAGCGAGACAGCAAGAGACAAAGAGCGAGACAGCGAGAGACAGAAAGAGACAAAGAGCGAGACAGCGAGAGACAAAGAGCGAGAGACAAAGAGCGAGACAGCGAGAGACCGAAAGAGACAAAGAGCGAGACAGCGAGAGACAGAAAGAGACAAAGAGCGAGACAGCGAGAGACAGAAAGAGACAAAGAGCGAGACAGCGAGAGACAGAAAGAGACAAAGAGCGAGACAGCGAGAGACAGAAAGAGACAAAGAGCGAGACAGCGAGAGACAGAAAGAGACAAAGAGCGAGACAGCGAGAGACAAAGAGCGAGACAGCGAGAGACAAAGAGCGAGACAGCGAGAGACAAAGAGCGAGACAGCGAGAGACAAAGAGCGAGACAGCAAGAGACAAAGAGCGAGACAGCGAGAGACAAAGAGCGAGACAGCGAGAGACAAAGAGCGAGACAGCGAGAGACCGAGAGAAAGACCAAUGGACAGCAGACUGAUCCAAUUCAUUUGAUGUGGUGGUUCUGGUUUCUUUCCCUUCAGUUUUUGGAUUCUGUUUCUUUCCCACCGCGUCUGUUUGUGAUCUGGUUGAGAUGUCUGUCUGUCAGAAGCACUCUGCUGUCUGUAAACGCAAUGCAGAGGAAAGGAAAAGGCCUUGUGCUCAAUUAGGAAUCAGUGUCUCGCUCCCGUUUUCCCACUUUCCAUAUGAGACUCUAAGAGACAGUUUGUUUUUAGUCCAACUUUUUUUCCAUUGAAUACAGUAGUCAACAUACGUGUUGUUCUGGCAAGGACUCCGAGAAAGCGUAUCUGUUGACAAAGUUGUGUCGAAAAAGAUUGCGAUUUCAUUGAGAAAUAGUAGCGGUUCUCGCGCUGAUCACAAAGCACAAAGAGUCACUCUGUUUCCCAAAUGGAACCCUGUUUCCUAUAUCGUCCACUACUUUUAUAGGGUGCCAUUUGAGACACGUUCAAUGUCUUCAAAGACCUUUACAUUGGAGUGGAGUAAAACCCAUAACUCAAAUCAUCCACCUCUAAUAUAACCAUAUUCUCUCUCUCCUUGUCUCACCUCUACAGAAGUGGCACUGUGUGGAGGAGAUCACAGGGAAGUGGCGUAUCCAGAAGUGUAAGGGAGGUGGUCUGAAGGAAGGCCCCAGGAAGAGGGCCCGGAGCCUGAGGUCCCGCAGCAGCUACGACAGCCGGCAGAGGGACCCCUGCGACUGUGGCCCUGACAGCAGCCUCGACAAACCCUCCAGGUCCGACCGUCCGGGACGCUCACACCGCCAGUUCCCACCUUCCUCUGGAGGACGAGGUGAGUAGGGUGGAGGGAUGGGGAAUGGGGGUGAGGAUGUGGAUGGGGCUGAGGGUGGUCCAGGCCAGGGAAUAGUUUCCUGAGCGGGCUGGCUCAAUGAUAGCUGGGUAGCUGUUGUUACAGGGGCAUAGAGAUUAGAGAUGGACAGUUAUGGUAACAUAAAUUAUAUCCAUCUGCGGACUUACCACUCAGUAUUUAAGGCUGUGUGUGGAGGGCUAUGGGAAUGAUGUCCAGGUCUGCCAGAGCCUAAGCUUUGAUUUACUGUUCAGGAUUACUCUGCCUCUAAAGAGACAGAUGCAGGGAAGAGACAGAGGCACGAAUAGAGCUCCUGACAUUAGAUCACUGAUCUGGUGGAGGUAUCUCCUGACAUUAGAUCACUGAUCUGGUGGAGGUAUCUCCUGACAUUAGAUCACUGAUCUGGUGGAGGUAUCUCCUGACAUUAGAUCACUGAUCUGGUGGAGGUAUCUCCUGACAUUAGAUCACUGAUCUGGUGGAGGUAUCUCCUGACAUUAGAUCACUGAUCUGGUGGAGGUAUCUCCUGACAUUAGAUCACUGGUCUGGUCAUUUGGAAUGUUGUGGCACCAUCUACUGGAACAAAGAGCCAUUGCAACAUUUUGGUCAUGGAAUUUUCACAUUCAAUUCAGGUCAAUAUCUUUAUUGACAGGAAAGGGCAAUUUGUUUCCAGAUUAAGUGACAGGACAAGAUCUAAUGACAUACAUACACAAUUACACAUACUGAAUACAUGGGUAAAGAAAUUAUAAAAGUCGGUUAAUUAACUCUCUGUGAUAUUUGGUUAUCUAUUAGGCUACAGGCCACGUUUCGUCCACACGAGAUCCACCAGAUCUCUGUCCGUGGAGUUCGAAGGGCAGAUCUAUGACAUUGACCUUGCGGCAGACGACCAGUCGGCGGUCCAGAGACGUGUCAUCAGAAAGCGCCACUAUGAGCAGGAAGACCAGGAGUUGGCUCUGGAGUCAGAAGACGGGUCAGAGGAGAUGCUGGCGGACGACACCAACACCGUGGGGUACCCCAACUCUGUCAAAGUCACACACAAGUAUGUACCCCAACUCUGUCAGUCACAUACAAGUAUGUACCCCAACUCUGUCAGUCACAUACAAGUAUGUACCCCAACUCUGUCAGUCACAUACAAGUAUUUACUCCAACAUAUACCCCAACUCUACCAAAGGCACACUAGUAAUACAUACAUGUAGUUCCUACCAAAAUAAUUUUUCGCAGCCCUUGUCUGCUUGACUUGCUUUAGGGGGGGGGGUUGGCCUGGGUUGUAGUUUUUGGCCUGGGCUGCAGUUAAGUUGCCUGGCUACCCAUCCACAUGGCUCCGGCCAAACGCCACACCCACUAACGUUUCUUCUCUACCAUGAGUCUGGAUUUGCUUCCUCCCCGACUUGAUGAGAAUGUGAAUACACUCAGACUGCUCUAAUUGAUCACAGAAACCGAUAGGUUGGGUCAGAGCCGGCCUACACAAAUCGUGAAUCAGCACAAACAACUUCUAGGAUAGCAGGUUUAGACUGAUGUACGGAGUAAUCGUUAGAGCAACUGAAUUGAAUUCAGGAUGAGUCAUCAGGCAAGCAGUUAAGCCCUUUGUGACAAAUAAGGUGAAUGCACCAAUUUGUAAGUCGCUCUGGAUAAGAGCGUCUGCUAAAUGACGUAAAUGUAAAUGUAAAUAUAUUUGGUUAGUUGAUUGAUUCCUUUCGGUCCUUUCUCUCCCUUUCUGUCCUCUCGCUCCUUCUCCGUCCCUCUCACAGGUGCUACAUCCUGAUGAAUGACACCGUCCACUGUGAGAGAGAGAUCUACUCUUCGUCCAGAGCCUGGAAGGACCAUAAGAGCUACGUGGACCAGGAGGUUAGUUGGAGUCUGCAUCUACCUGCUCCUCCUCCCCAUCUCUCUCCCUAAGAGACGACGAAAAAAGAAAAAAGAGAAGAGAACCCCAAGACAAAAGACCUCCCAGAAGAGAAGACGAAAAAGAAAUCUUCUCCUCUCCGAAAAAAAAAAAAAAAGAACUUCCUCAGAACAAAAAAGCAGCACUCCAAGAACUCUCCUCUCCUCUCCCGAAAACAUGACUCUCCUCAGAAAGAGUCAAGAAGCUCAUUCUCCUCCUCUCCUCUACUCUCUCUCCUCUCCUUCCUCUCCUCUCCUCUCCUUCCUCUAAUCUACUUCUCACCAUUCUCCUCCCCCCUCUCACCUUGCCUACCCUGCAAGUUGAAGUAGAUGUUGCCUUCCAUUACAGAUAGAAGCCCUGCAGGACAAGAUCAAGAACCUGCGAGAGGUCAGGGGUCACCUGAAGAGGAGACGACCCGACGAGUGUGACUGUGGCAAGAACAGGUCAGUAAUGUACCUCAUUGGGGGUCCCCAAAUAUGUGUACUAUUCUUAAAUGUAGAACAAAAAGUAAAUCUGCACACUGGUAUAAUGCUCCCAAAGUGACAAUAGUGACUAUGACAGAGGGGACUCUAAGAUUAAACCCUAUUAUAGUGCAUUGUCAUAUCUGCUGUUGUCCGUAUGGCCAUCUUUCAGUCGUUUAUUGUGAAUCUGACAAUUCUUAUGUAGGCUGCGUUUACACAGGCAGCCCAAUUCUGGUCUUUUUACACUUAUUGGUCUUUUGACCAAUCAGAUCAGAUCUUUUGACAGUAAUUGGGCCAAAGAUCAGAUUGGGCUGCCUGUGUAAAUGCAGCCUAUGAGUCAUCAGUCCUUUAUCAUUCAUCUUGACUCUCCUGAGUUGAAGCUUUCGUAGAAAGGAAACAAAACAACCGCUAUAUUUAGUUGCUCUUCCCUCUGUACUAAAACCAGCUACUAUAGCAAAGGAGAGAGAAACAGAGAGAAGGCAGAGAGGUUGAAGAACAAGAAUGAUCAGCUCCAUCCCUUUAAGUGAGUUCGUCCUCUCCUUUAAUUCAGUCUGUUCGUGUUUGCCGCAUAUCGUCCAUCGCCCAUCCCUGUUCGUCUCAACCCCAUUAACACUGAGGUUGUAUCUCAAAUGGCACCCUAUUCUCUAUAUAGUGCACUACUACCCUAUAGGCCCUGGUCAAAUGUAGUGCACUACUACCCUAUCGAGGGAAUAGGGUGCCAUUUGGGAUGCAAACUGAGCCUGCAGUCUAGAAGUGCUCAACUGACCAAUAUAAUUUUAUAGAUGUACUGCAUCUCUAAUACAUGAGUGUGAUACGUUUCACUGCCAGUGUGGCCCCAUUUGUCUUGUGUGUUAUCUUGUCUUGUGGUACAUCUGCAUGGUACUUGCAUGGACUGUGCAUGCUCUCCAGUCAAACCCAGGCCUGCCUUUCAGUGCAGGGAUCUGGAAGUAAUCGUCCCAAGCAGCAGCAUGGAAACAAAACAGUGACUCAGUGGAAGGAGGGAAACAGCCCGUCCCUCUAACACAGCCAUUGCCUUGCACCAGGUGGUUGAGUCACAAACUUUUCAUCAGGGUCCAUAGGGUUCUCGUCAAAAGUUGUGCACUAUAUAGGGAAUGGGGUGCCAUUUGGGAUGCGCACCGAGGCACAGGGAACGGAUUAGAAUGCCAAUGCGAAGCAGCGGUGUUAUCCAGUGACUGUUGUGUGUUUAGGAAAAUGGGGAGCGGGAGAAGGGUAGAGGCUAGAAUGGCCCAGAGAAAAUGGAUAAUGUGGUCAGAGAGGAGCUAGAACCUGUCAUGUUCUUGGCUCCACCAGAGAGGAGUCUGAGAGUUCCCUCCGAUGAUUCCAUCCAUCACCAUGGUAACUGACUGGCAUCAUGGAGAGGUCACUGCGAGGGCAGAGAGGGUGGGUGUUGGGUCGUUACUGUAAUCUGAUUGGUGGGUGUGUCUGUCCGUCAUGCAGGGAGGUUGUCCAAGAAGUGGAUGGGAAGACCCAGCUGUUGAACGAGAUCAGGAGGAAGAAGAAGGAGAGGAAAGAGAGAAAGAGGCAGAAGAAGGGGGAUGACUGUAGUCUACCUGGUCUGACAUGUUUCACUCACAGCAACGACCACUGGCAGACUGCCCCCUUUUGGAACCGUACGUUACUAUGUUACUACACCUAAAUGUAACUGCACUAAGUAGUUACUACACCUACAUGUAACUGCACUAAGUAGUUACUACACCUACAUGUAACUGCACUAAGUAGUUACUACACCUAAAUGUAACUGCACUAAGUAGUUACUACACCUAAAUGUAACUGCAAUAAGUAGUUACUACACGUAUACUGUACUAAAUAGUUACUACACCUAAAUGUAACUGCACUAAGUAGUUACUUCACCUAAAUGUAACUGCACUAAGUAGUUACUACACCUACACGUGUACAGUACUAAGUAGUUACUACACCUAAAUGUAACUGCACUAAGUAGUUACUUCACCUAAAUGUAACUGCAAUAAGUAGUUACUACACCUAAAUGUAACUGCAAUAAGUAGUUACUACACCUAAAUGUAACUGCACUAAGUAGUUACUACACCUACACGUGUACAGUACUAAGUGGUUACUACACCUAAAUGUAACUGCACUAAGUAGUUACUUCACCUAAAUGUAACUGCACUAAGUAGUUACUACACCUACACGUGUACAGUACUAAGUGGUUACUACACCUAAAUGUAACUGCACUAAGUAGUUACUACACCUACACGUGUACAGUACUAAGUGGUUACUACACCUACACGUGUACUGUACUCGCAUACAUUCUAAUUUUAGUCAUUAAGCACUGUGGCCUACACGGUAAUUAAGCCACAUUCACACACACACAGAUUUACCCACCUCUGCCACAGGUCAGUGAAUACCAUUGGUAGAAUAAAGUGUCUAUCAUCAGAACAGAUGACCAAGUAUAUCAGUCUAUUGAAACAGGCUAUUAGUUUUGUUUCCCCCAGUUAGAGGGUUCUCUCUCUCUGUGUGUGUCUGUGUGUCUCUCUCUGUGUGUUUGUUAGUGGUUAACCCUGUCCUUCCUCUCCUUCAGUCGGAGGGUUCUGUGCGUGCACCAGUUCCAACAACAACACCUACUGGUGUGUGAGAACCAUCAAUGAGACCCACAACACUCUGUUCUGUGAGUUCGCUACGGGCUUCCUUGAGUACUUUGACCUCAACAACGACCCCUACCAGGUGGGUGGACCAUAGACAUAUAAUCACUUCUAUUAUCUUCUAUUUUACUCAUUUUCUAUUUCUACGGAGUGGACUACUCACAGGCACCUUUCAUUAGUAGGUUGUGUUUUCUGCCAAAUGUUUAUCUAUCAAAAACUAUGUAUUAACGUGUGUGUGUGUCUGUGUGUCUGCGUCUGUAUCCGUCGGUGUGUGUAGCUGACCAACGCGGUGUACUCGGUGGACAGAGAGGUGUUGAACGCCCUCCAUGCUCAGCUGAUGGAGAUGAGGAGCUGCCAGGGACACAAGCAGUGUAACCCCCGACCCAAAGGCCUGGACACAACAGGUAAACACACAGAUACAACAGUAGUAGUAGUAGCUACACUACUACUACUACUACUACUACUACUACUAUUACUACUGCUAUUUCUACUGGGUUACCUCAGAGUAGGGCGAAGUUGUCCCUAGACGCUGAUUUUGGGUCAGUUUGUCAUUUGCCCCUUUAAUGGUUAAGGUGAGGAUUGGAGAGGGGAAGCUGAUCCUAGAUCUGUACCUAGGGGAAACUUCACCCUUGAGCGGGUUACCUACAUCUGGUCUACAACAGGAGACUACAACAGAACAGAGACUGAAAUGGAUCUGAAGACUAGCCACUGUAGUGGUUGAUUAGGGUAAACACGUUGUACAUACAUAAAACAUGUUUUUCACUUUAGGAUUAAAAAAUUCCAGUAACUUUCCCAGGUUUUUCAGAGCUACCGGAUGGAAGAUACCUGGAAUCAGGACGGAAUAAGCAGGAAAUCCGAGUACAAAGUUUCUGGAAUUUUGAAACCCUAAACUGAAACACAAAAUAAUAGGCAUAUGAAAAGAACUAUUUGACCCAGUUUCAGUCCUGACCGGUACCUGCAUGUCAUUAGUAGCAUGUAAACGGGGGUGAGUCGCUCACUAAUGUUCGCAAACGUUUCAACAUAGGAAGGUUGACGGGUCGUCAUUAAGUCCUCUAUGUGUGUCUCUCUUAUGUCUCCAUUGUGUGUGUUUCUUUCUCUCUGAAAACACACACACACUCCCUGAUCUGUCUUGGUUCUGACCUCAACGAUGUCUACUCCCCAGGGAUUUGCGUCCAGUCCGCAGCACCCACGAUGAGACACACUAUGACCUUUUUAUACUUUCACAGGAAAUUGGACAUUUAUAAUGUUUUCAUCACUGCAUGAUUUGAACUCCGGUGUUAUCCAGAGUUUAUGGUUAUUGGAUUUCUCCAGGGUUUUACAAAGUGAAUCACUUUGUUUUGUAUUGUAGUCAUGACACACACAGGGAAACCCUCUGCAGCCAAGCCAAGCCAGUCACUCAGAAUGGUAUGGCAACAACCCGAAAUAGAGCUUUGAACUGGUCUCUGAUGUAAUGAUAACCUAAUAUUGUGUCCCUCAUUUCAACUCCUUCUGCUGUGGAAGUGGUUUAGUUUGUAUCUCAAAUGGCACCCUAUUCCCUAAAGUUUGAGAAUGACACAAGUAUUGGUCUUCACAAAGUUUGCUGCUUCAGUGUUUUUAGAUAUUUUUGUCAGAUGUUACUAUGGUAUACUGAAGUAUAAUUACAAGCAUUCCAUAAGUGUCAAAGGCUUUUAUGGACAAUUACAUUAAGUUUAUGCAAAGAGUCAAUAUUUGCAGUAUUGACCCUCCUUUUUCAAGACCUCUGCAAUCCACCCUGGCAUGCUGUCAAUUAACUUCUGGGCCACAUCCUGACUGAUGGCAGCCCAUUCUUGCAUAAUCAAUGAUUGGAGUUUGUCAGAAUUUGUGGGUUUUUGUAUGUCCACCCGCCUCUUGAGGAUUGACCACAAGUUCUCAAUGGUAAUAAGGUCUGGGGAGUUUCCUGGCCAUGGACCCAAAAUGUCGAUGUUUUGUUCCCCGAGCCACUUAGUUAUCUCUUUUGCCUUAUGGCAAGGUGCUCCAUCAUGCUGGAAAAGGCAUUAUUCAUCACCAAACUGUUCUUGUAUGGUUGGGAGAAGUUGCUCUCUGAGGAUGUGUUGGUACCAUUCUUUAUUCAUGGCUGUGUUCUUAGGCAAAAUUGUGAGUGGGCCCACUCCCUUGGCUAAGAAGCAACCCCACACAUGAAUGGUCUCAGGAUGCUUUACUGUUGGCAUGACACAGGACUGAUGGUAGCGCUCACCUUGUCUUCUCCAGACAAGGUGUUUUCCAGAUGCCUCAAACAAGGGGAUUCAUCAGAGAAAAUGACUUUACCCCAGUCCUCAGCAGUCCAAUCCCUGUACCUUUUGCAGAAUAUCAGUCUGUCCCGGAUGUUUUUCCUGGAGGGAAGUGGCUUCCUCGCUGCCCUUCUUGACACCAGGCCAUCCUCCAAAAGUCUUUGCCUCACUGUGCGUGCAGAUGCACUCACACCUGCCUGCUGCCAUUCCUGAGCAAGCUCUGCACUGGUGGUGCCCCGAUCCCGCAGCUGAAUCAACUUGCGCCUGGCGCCUGCUGGACUUUCUUGGGCACCCUGACGCCUUCUUCACAACAAUUGAACCUCUCUCCUUGAAGUUCUUGAUGAUCCGAUAAAUGGUUGAUUUAGAUGCAAUCUUACUAGCAGCAAUAUCCUUGCCUGUGAAGCCCUUUUUGUGCAAAGCAACGAUGACGGCACGUGUUUCCUUGCAGGUAACCAUGGUUAACAGAGGAAGAACUAUGAUUUCAAGCACCACCCUCCUUUUAAAGCUUCCAGUCUGUUAUUCUAACUCAAUCAGCAUGACAGAGUGAUCUCCAGCCUUGUCCUCAUCAACACUCUCACCUGUGUUAACGAGAGAAUCACUGACAUGAUGUCAGCUGGUCCUUUUGUGGCAGGGCUGAAAUGCAGUAGAAAUGUUUUUGGGGGAUUAAGUUCAUUUUCAUGGCAAAGAGGGACUUUGCAAUGAAUUGCAAUUCAUCUGAUCACUCUUCAUAACAUUCUGGAGUAUAUGCAAAUUACCAUCAUAAAACCUGAGGCAGCAGACUUUGUGAAAAUUAAUAUUUGUGUCAUUCUCAAAACUUUUGACCACGACUGUACAUAGGGAAUAGGGUGCCAUUUGAGAUGCAGACCGACUAGUGUGUCCCUCAGUUUAGCUCAUUCUGCUGUGGGUAGUGGUGUAAAAUAAGCGUCCCUCUAAAUCGGCAUCCCAUGUGGCAGCCUAUUCGCUAUUAAGUGCACUACUUUUGACCGGGGUCAAUAGGUCAUUUUGGACUUCACCCAAGUCUUUUGCCACGUUGCCUAUCCUAUUGUGUGCUCUGGCCAGACACCCUGCCUUCAGUGACUCACACAGAGUGUUAACUAUGAGAGCUUUGUCAACAAGCUUAUUGAGCCUGUCACUUUACACCAGAUUAGCCUGGCUUCUCUGGUGACUACAUCUAGUUUUUCACCACGUGACGGCUAUUUACAGCUGAGUGUCCCCAAGAGAUGACAUCACACUAGCAACAGUUAAUAACAUUGCCAUGAUGAUAUGAGCUCUUGGUUUUAGACUUGCUCUCAGUGAACUCAUUAUACCAGCACAGUAGACGCACAAUAGUCCACAAUAGUUCAUAUUUCUGUGAAGAUAUUUGGGGGGUGGGGGGGGUUAUAUUGGCUGUGUGCUACUAAGUUUAAGAACAAGUUAUCAUAUCACUGCCUGAUGAUUUGGAAACUUUAAUAACAUCAUGUGUUUGUGUUUUGGACUCACCCAUGGGCAUCACAUCAUCAUCACCUGACUGACUGAAUAACUUUUUUACCUCCAAGGGAAGCCGGGAACCGUCAUACAAUCUCUAUCUAUCUAUCUAUCUAUCUUACAAAAAGAGAUUGCCGUUUUGAAACUGCAAUAAAGGUGCAGUAACUGCAGUCGACUGUGGUAUUUUGGACGCAGUAAUUGCAGAAUAACUGCAGUGCACUGCAGUUGAACUGCACACUAACUACAGUUACACUGCAAAAUUACUGCAGUAAAAAAAAAACGUAUUUUGGAUGCAGUAUUUGCAGCAUACUGCAGUUAUACUGCACUCUAACUGCAAUCUUUUUUUGUACGGGAACCCAAAUAAAUAUACCUUCCUCCCUCCAUCCCUAUCCAUCCCCUCCACCCUCCCCCAACAUGCACCUCCUCUCCUCCUUGUUCUACCCCUCUCUCUCUCUAUCCAUCCAUACUCAAAUUGCACCAUCAUUUCUCCUCUAGGGGCCUAGCGGUCUGGUCUGUCCUGUUCUGUGCAUGAAGAGGCAUCUCCAAUGUGAAUGAUUCAUUAUUUUCUCUUAUUCCCCCUCAUCUCUUAUUUGAUUUGAGACAUUAACAUUGGAACUGCUCUUAUUUUCCUGAUCAGGAGGUAAAGAUGGAGGCAGCUAUGAACCACACAGGUAUCCACACUUCUUUUAUGAUCUCUCUGGAUACGUCCCAAAUGGCACUCUAUUACCUAUGUAGUGUACUACGUUUGACCAGAACCCUAUGGGUCCUGGUCAAAAAGUAGUGCACUACAUAGGGAAUAGGGUGUAAUUUGGGAUGUAGCCUCUCUCUUUGAAAGAGGCUUCUCUUCCUAAUAACUGCAUGGGCCAACUCAUUGACUCAUUCGCACUAAUAAUCCGUAAGGCGUCGAGCUGCUUGGUGUGUGACUGCAUGCCGGGGGAGCUGCCUACGCUAACUAAUAAUCGAUUGAUUAGAUCUUUUGAUUUCUUCUUAAUUGAAGGUAGCUUCUUCCACUGUCAUCGUGAAGUCUGAGGGGGUAUCAUCUUUCUACAAUACAGCAUUAUUCUCCAUAAUAACAACAGAAAAAUGUUUACCCACCUGAACCCCCCAGAUAGCAGACCACCUUAUCUGCUGUUUGAGUCAAACACCAACGUGCAGAUCUGUUUCUGUAGCUCCUUGCACCACCACAUGCAUCAGUCGUAUCUAUUUAGAACAUCUGUCAGACUGAAAAGUCACUUUUUGGCCGGUCUUGGCUUGACAAGUAGGCUCAGAGAGCUCAACUGGUAUGCCCGACUCUCACACAUUUCCAUGUUGGCCACUCAAGUUACGAAUAAAUGUAUAUUUAGUCAAACUGAAUUAGACCUUUCUGGUCAGUGUGGCAAUUUAAUAUGUAUUAUUACAGUAUAUAAGUGCAAAAAAACAGUUUCACAUAAUGAACCCCCCCACACACACCUAAUAAAUGUGUGUCACCUGCAUGUGAAUGAAAAUGCAUGACAGCAUAUGGAGUCAAUCAUUCAUUCAUGGCAUUCAUCCAUUUCAUUCAUGCAUCGCACGAUCACGGAUAUGUUACUAAUAUAACAUCACCAUCUUCCACACUACCUGACCAAAGACAUAGGCUGUGUCUAAAAUAGCACCCUAUUCCCUAUGUAGUGCACUAUUUUUGACAGAAUUUUGCCAAAAUAAGUGCACUAUAUAGGGAAUAUAGUGUCUGUCAAUUGGGACGCACACAUACAUAAAUACAUCAACUUACUUAGUAAGCCAUAAUGAUACUCAGUCAUUGUACUUGUGCAACAUGGCAUCAUUCAGAAUGGCAUCCAUUUUCCUCAUGGCAUUAUUAGAGUAGUAGAAUGGGCACUUGAGUUGCUGGGACUUCGUUGUCCCUCUUCCUGACCUCUGACCUAUUGACCUCUGUUUCUGGGCACCUGCUUACCAGGCAACAGCGGCAUCGAAAGUGGUCAAAGAGGAGACCAAGCCAGUCCUUUCUGUGAGUCUCUUAGCCUAUAGUAUACUUAUAUAUAAAACCCUCCCCUAUUUUCCCUCUUUAUAGCAGGGUGACUUAAAUCUGGACCUCGAGUCCAGUUCCACUGCUUAUUUUCAGCCCUUUAUUAAGGGACUGAUUUAGACCUGGGGCACCAGGGGAGUGCAAUUAACUACCAGGUAAAAAUGACAAAUGGAACUAGUCCAGGUUUGAGUAUCCCUGCUCUAUAGUACUUCAUACACGCAUGUAGGCCAGAGUGGUUUGAAAGCGCUCCCUCUAGCAAUCAACAAUGAAACAGGGUGUGUAUCAGGUUUGGGGGGGUCAGUUCCAUUUCAAUUCAGUCAAGGACUUUUCCAAUUGUUGGAAUUUAAUUUAAUUGACUGAAUUGAAAUGGAAUCAACUCCAACCUUAUUGAUAGUAAGCAUAUACCCUAACUAUGAUUCCAACCUUAGUAUAUCGGCCCUAACUGUAUUUUUCUAAUACAUUUUUCUUUUCUUUUCUGGGAAUACACCACACAGCAGGCUCAUCUCUCUCCUUCCUCAACACUCCUUUUUUCCAGAUGUUCAUCAUCCCUUUUUCUUCCCCUCCUUUACUUCCCAGAUUCCAUUUUCUUGUUUCCAGGUUACCUGGAUAUUCAUUAGAAAACAACAAGCCUAUCAUCAGUCUUCUUUUUUAGUUUAGCUAGUCUAAUGGCAGAUCUGAACAUUUUAUGUAUCUUUGAGGAAAUAUUGUCAUUUUCUGUCAAGAUGACUUGUGUUUGCUCUGCUGCUUAUGGCUUCAGCUUGGGUGCUGUGUUUACUGGGCCAAACUCUGUGUGUGUGUGUGUGUGGGUUUGUGUGUGAGUGGGGGAAGGGGCACUAACCCCAAGGAGCUGACUGCCAUAGAGGAGGCUGCAGACUGGAUACUGCUGCGGGGCAUGACUGCAUGACGUGUGACCAAACAACACAACCACACACUCCCAUACACUACCACACACUCCCAGUCCCAUACAACAUUACCCCCAACUCUCCCACUCACACUCCCAUACACUACCACACACCCCCAGUCCCAUACAACAUUACCCCCAACUAUCCCACUCACACUCCCAUACACUACCACACACUCCCAGUCCCAUACAACAUUACCCCCAACUAUCCCACUCACACUCCCAUACACUACCACACACUCCCAGUCCCAUACAACAUUACCCCCAACUCUCCCACUCACACUCCCAUACACUACCACACACUCCCAGUCCCAUACAACAUUACCCCCAACUCUCCCACUCACACUCCCAUACACUACCACACACUCCCAGUCCCAUACAACAUUACCCCCAACUCUCCCACUCACACUCCCAUACACUACCACACACUCCCAGUCCCAUACAACAUUACCCCCAACUCUCCCACUCACACUCCCAUACACUACCACACACUCCCAGUCCCAUACAACAGUACCCCCAACUCUCCCACUCACACUCCCAUACACUACCACACACUCCCAGUCCCAUACAACAUUACAACCAACUCACACACCCAUACACUACCACACACUCCCAGUCCCAUACAACAUUACCACCAACUCUCCCACUCACACUCCCAUACACUACCACACACUCCCAGCUCCAGCCCUUGACCCUCUACUCCUCUCCCCCAUAGCACUCAGCCAGUCUGGGACGGACGAGCGGGUUAAGCUGCCCAACCUGACGGAGGAGGAGGUGGACUGGCAAGGUCUGGAGGAGCUGUAUAGUAGUGUAAACCAGAGCCUGUACCAGAGCAGGACUGACUACAGCCUCAGACUGGACGACUGGCACAUCUUCCAGAAGGAUGUAGAUAAUAUGUUUGCACUGCGACACGUCUUAUACUCAAAACUUCAAAACAACGACGACAACCAAACCCAUAAGCUUGACAUAAAGGAUGACCCGGCAUCGGCAUCUUCCCUGGCAGAGCAUGGGUCCGGGUCUGGGGCUUGGGGGCUGGAAGAGGGCAGCGGAGAUGAGGGGUCCCCCAGCCGACACAUCUGGCCAGACCUGGUCACCCUGAAUCGGGCCACAGAGGGACUACCGGAGACCCCAUGCACUACCCCUCCUCCCCCUAGCAGACCCCCACCACCACCUAAUCCAGUAACACCCACACACCCCAUGCCUCAGAGGUCAGAGGUUAGAGUUCAACUAGAAUCUGUGAACGACCUCCCUGAUGAGACUUAUCCAUUAGACAGACCCCCGAGAGUGAUGUCUGUGAUGAGGAGGAGAGGAGAAGGAGGGGUCAGAGGGGGGGAGGUGGUUGCCGGUGGUUAUGUGUGGUUGGUCCAUCAGCUGGAGGAGGAUGGGCUAGAUGGUGAGGGGGAGGGGCUGGUCUUCAGCGGGAACGGGAACAACGGGCUGACUGAGAUGGAGACGCGACACGACGACCUGCUCCGCACCCACAACAGCCUGGAGACGGGGCUGGGAUUGGGGAUGGGGUCUUACCCAGGCCAGGCCCAGACCCAACAGAGUAGUCUCAUCCAGGGACUGGAGCUGGGACUAGACAAGGAGGAGGAAGAGGAUAUAUUCCAAGGCCAGGGCUACCUCCCCCUCUCCUCACAGACACAGACACUGAGGCCCAGAGUACAGGCCUCCACCACCACCACCACCACCACCACUACCAGCACUGGGAGCCCGCCUCAGACUCAGACUGGCACCCCCCAGGGGACUGGGGUGGUAGUGCAUGACCCCCAGCCCCAACAGGCACAUCUACAGGUAGAGGUACAGGUCGAGUCCCAUGCCCAGUUCCAGGCCCUGGACUAUGAGGGUAGUGGGUCUCCCCCUCAGCCCUCCUCCAACCACACCCAGUGA